AUGGGGAACAAGCUGACCUGCUGCCUGAAGCCCGGUGCCAGCCCCCGGCUGCGCUGGCGCUCUGGGCGGGUGAGCCGGGAGGAUGAGUCUGAUGUCUGUGCGGCGGGUGCCGGGAACUCGGGGGCGGCACCCUCAGCCGCCACUGCCCCGGGACCUGCCGAGCUGGAUCUCCGAGCCUGCGAAGGCCGCCGCGUGCUGCACCUCUGCGACCUGGAAAUGCCCGAAGAGUUGGCUUCAGACUUAAUACCUUCCGACCAUCCGAGGGCAAGCACAAUUUUCCUGGAGAAAUCUCAAGUGGAUGUGCGAGGAAAGAGAAGAAAGAACUAUUCAUACCAUCCUGGCAUUAGCAAUAUAUUACCAUAUAAAGAACAGCAAGAAACAGUUCCAGAGGAAUACUUUAAUCAGAAUCCUGAUCCCGAAUCUAUUUACAGAUUUAUUCAUCCUUUUUUCAGUGCCACAAAGCUAACAGCUGAAUAUGCAAUAACAACUUUGGUUUACUUAGAAAGACUUGUAGUUUAUGCUGAGAUCGACAUUUGCCCCACAAACUGGAAAAGAAUUGUUUUGGGAGCCAUUCUUCUUGCCUCCAAGUAUUUGCAUGAUCUGGCUAUAUGGAAUUCGGACUUCUGCCAAAUUAUCAAGGGCAUUACAGUCAAGGACAUAAAUGAGAUGGAAAGGCAAUAUUUAUAUUUACUACAGUUUCAUCUUAAUGUCUCUGCCAGUGUCUAUGCCAAAUACUAUUUUGACCUUCGGUCCUUAGCAGGUGACCAUGGACUGCCUAUUGUAUUUGCUCCUCUGCGAAAAGGAAGAGCACAGACCCUAGAGGCCAUUUCCAGAUAUUGUGAAAACAAAAACCUGUGCAGGGUGGCUAUAAAAAAAUGUAGCAGCUGUGAUAAUUUGACUGAUAAGCAGUGUGCCAAUGCCAUCUUAUCUUAAAAGAGAAAUGAGCGGUUGGGACAUAAUGGGCCCCUCAUCUACAACUACUGGAGAAAUAUCACCUCUCCUGCUCAAGAACCAGCAAAGCUAGUAUUUCUUCACAAGGAAGAAAUGAGGGGUUGUAAUAUUAUAAGCCCCUCAUCUACAAAGUAAAGGACUAAAAAAAGAUAUCGCCUUUCCUGCUCAAAAAUCAGCAAAGUUAGUAUUUCCUCUCUUAAGGAAGAAAUGAGAGAAAUCAUAAGCUUCUCAUCUACACACACACACACAUAAAGACCUGGAGAUAUAUCACCUUUCCUGCUCAAAAACAAGCAAAGUUAGUAUUCUUUUCUUACAAAAAAGAAAAAAUGAAGGGUUAUAACUUCAUGAACCCUCAUCUACAAGGACAUGGACUGGAGAAAUAUCACCAUUCCUGCUCAAAACCUAGAAAAAUAUUUCCUAUCUUAAGAAAGAAAUGAGGUAAUAUUGUGAGCCCCUCAUCUACAAAAAGAACUGGAAAAAUAUCAACUUAUUGCUCAAAACCAGCAAAGUUAUUAUCUCUACUCUUUUUUAA